AUGACGGGGGGCACCGGCACCGGGACCCACCACCGUCACCUUCAGCCGCCCCCCGGUGACGUCAGGGGGAGCGCCGGCCGCGCGGCGGUGACGUCACGAGAGAGGCCGGACCAGGGUAGGCGGGCUCGCGGCGCCGAGGGGGCGUGGCCUGGCUGUUGGCACGCCGGCACGUGCCCCGCGCCGGGCCCGGGUCGGGUUUCGGUGCUGAAACCGGAGCCCCCCGUCCGCCCCCCCCGGAGCCCCCCGGGGCGCCCCGCUCCCCCCUACCAGCGCCCCGGGGGGUCGCUGCGCUCCACCCGAUCUCCUGCGCUCCGCGGCGGGUCCCGGGGACGGCGGUGGCCUCGUCCCUGCGAGGGACGGGCGCAGGAUGGGAAGCCACGCUCGGGCGCUCCAGGCUCCGGCGCAGGGGACCCUGAGGACGUGCUGGACGCGGCGCAGACCCCCCCGAUGCAGGGAUACUCGGUGCUGCAGGGGCUGGUGGGGCCUGCCUGCAUCUUCCUGCGGCAGAGCAUCGCCAUCACCCAGCGGGACCGGGAGCUGCGGCCCGAGGAGAUCGAAGAGCUGAAGCAGGCGUUUCGGGAGUUCGACAAGGACCACGACGGCUACAUCAGCUACAAGGACCUGGGCGAGUGCAUGCGGACCAUGGGCUACAUGCCCACGGAGAUGGAGCUCAUCGAGCUGUCCCAGCAGAUCACCGGGGGCAAGGUGGAUUUUGAUGAUUUCGUGGAGCUGAUGGGCCCCAAGAUGCUGGCAGAGACGGCGGAUAUGAUUGGGAUCAAGGAGCUGCGUGACGCCUUCCGUGAGUUUGACACCAAUGGGGACGGACAGAUCAGCAUGGCAGAGCUGCGGGAGGCCAUGCGCAAGCUCCUGGGGCAGCAGCUCAACUAUCGGGAGGUGGAUGAGAUCCUCAAGGACGUGGAUCUCAAUGGCGAUGGCCUGGUGGACUUCGAAGAGUUUGUGCGGAUGAUGUCGCGCUGAGGGCGGCGUGUGCCAACGCGGGACCCAAGCCCCCUGUGCCUUACGAAGACGAGGGGGCCACGCAGGGACCCCCAGCUCCAGGGGCUGGGGCAGUGCAGGCACAGCGGUGCCCGUGCCCGGGGUGAGGCUGGGUGCUGGGGCUGCUCCGAUGCUGAGCUCUGACUGUGGCAGGAGGCACCGGGGCCGAAUUCAGGACCCUUUUCUGCACAGGCUUGGCCAAGCUUCGACUACUCUCGCCCUUAUCUCUCUUCUCUCCCUGCAUCAUCCCCCUUCCCACCCGGACCUCACCCUAAAAGUCACACCAUCGUGGUCUCCUCUCCUUCAGCUGUGCCCCAUCCCUGCUGCUCAUCCCUCCAGCCUCCAUUCCCACUCUGUGUGCUGCACUGAGCCCCUCAGGCUCCCCCCACGCCAGGUUUAAUGCGGACUGCACAGCAUAACCCGCCCUGUCACCACAGUUUGAGCUCAGACCCACCGCAGACCUGCCUAGGGUGAGGCAUCUGUCCCCUUUUGGGGCUGGCACAGACCCUCAUGGAUGUUCUGGCAGCCCCCAGCACAGGGGAGACUCCUGGCAGCCCAGCCAGGAGACCCUCCGGGAGAGAAAUAAAGCAUUACCGGGUGGAAGGGCCUCAGCCAGCUGCAGGCAGGGCUGCUGUAGGUACCCUCCCUGCCCUGGCUGCAGUUUUGGGGCCAGUUUUGCCCUUUUGAAAUGAUAAAACUCUCUCUACAGACUUCUGGCUUGUGUUUUAUGUUUCCAAAGAGUUUAUUCGUGAUU